CCGGGGAUGGUGUUGGCCGCGGCAGCCGGGCCCUGACGCUGCGCUCAGGUGGGAAGCAGCAGUAAUGCUAACGCUGGCAAGCAAGCUGAAGCGGGAUGACGGUGUCAGAGGCCCCCGUGCGUCCAACCCAGCGUCUGACUCCACUCGCAGGGUGUCUGUCCGGGACAAAUUACUCGUUAAAGAGGUUGCAGACCUUGAAGCUAAUUUACCUUGUACAUGUAAAGUGAAUUUUCCUGACCCAAACAAGCUCCAUUACUUUCAGCUAACUGUAACCCCAGAUGAGGGCUACUACCAAGGGGGAAAGUUUCAGUUUGAAACUGAAGUUCCUGAUGCCUACAAUAUGGUGCCUCCAAAGGUAAAAUGUUUGACAAGAAUCUGGCACCCAAACAUUACAGAGACAGGAGAAAUCUGCCUAAGUUUAUUGAGAGAGCACUCAAUUGAUGGCACUGGCUGGGCCCCAACCAGAACCUUAAAGGAUAUUGUCUGGGGGUUAAACUCUUUAUUUACUGAUCUUUUGAAUUUUGACGAUCCUUUGAAUAUUGAGGCUGCAGAGCAUCAUUUGCGUGACAAGAUAAUUGUGGAUAAUCUGAGUUCUGUGAUGGGUAGUGGUCCCUGAAGAAACAGAACAGUUGAAAUGCUUUUCUUUUGCAUGGUAUUCCAAAGCACAUGGGUGGGUCAGAAGUCAAAGACCAGCUCUUUAUGACCCAAGUUUGUAUCAUGUUUCUAUCUGAAUAUUUCUUUAUUGGAUUAGAGCCAGGGAAUGCACUCCAAGGGUUGUUAAUGGCCAAGUACAUUCUCUAAUGCCUUCCCUAAGGAAUUUGUAAGAAAUAAUGCUCAUUUAAUUCAUUCACGCAUUAUUUUUAGCCCACUUCUCUUUGUCAGGCUUUUCACCCUUGCAAAUGGUUUCCCAUCACAGCCAGCUGGAAAUUUUUCCACACAUAUCCUUAUAAAGUUCUGUAUUCAAACAGUGACAGUGAUAUAUGAGGAGUUCUGAUAAUUACUGUUACCAUUUUCUAAGCUCAAAUGUCAGAAGUUUAGUGAUGACUCAAGGCAGCUGGAAAACUUGCUUUAGAACAGAGAAAAUACUUCAAAAACAUUUACUUGAAUUUAAUUUAAUGUAGUCUAAAAGUAUUUUAUUUUUAUUAUUAUUGUGUUUGAGCUGGUGCUGGAGAAGCAGUGUUCUGGGUUUGGGUGUGCAAGGUGCUCCUAAGGCAUGAACAGUUGCAGCUGAAUUAUUUUUAAGGGGUUAAAAACCCAAAGCAUUAAAGUUUGAUCUCUUAACCAUGGCAUAAAGGAGUGGGAAAUCAGCAGUAAGCACAAUUUUCUGGAAUUUUUUUCUGGCACCACGCUGAUGGUUGACUUCAAGUAUUGCCUGGGUUAGCCCUGCAUUUAUUUUGACAAAGUGACAGGAGAAAAGGGGAUUGGUUCCAGCUGCCAAGUGAGGUGUUGUCAGGGAUUGGGGCUUUUCCAUGGACUCCAGCCCUCUGUUGGCAGACUUGAAAGGAACCUAUCUGCAAACUUGAGCUUGUCAUCAUGUCCUGCCUGCCUUGUCAGGAGUGUGAAUCAUUCAGUAACAAAAGCUACCAUGCCAGAAUAUUUUUUUUCUUCCUGCUGUCUUGAAAGAUAUUUGUUGCAGUAGUAAAACGUUCACCAUAUAACCUCCAGAUUACUUUCUGUGGGAGUCACAAAGUGGUGUGGUUUGGAGGGAGACCAUCCAGGUCCCCCCCUUGCCAUGGGCAGGAACACCUUCCUCUAUCCCAAGUUGCUCUAAGCCCUG